CAUCGAUUCUUUCACAGAGAGAAGAAAGGAUGUUUUGAGAACAAAUAUUCGAGAUGGGUUGUUCUAAUAUAACUCUUCCAUUACCUCUUCUUCACAUCUCUGUAAGUCUGUCCCUCUAUUUGUUCUGUUUUCUCUUUUUCUCGAGUCUUAGUUUCAUUUUCUUUUCACCGAGUAUUUUAGCAGAACCAUGGUGGUGGUGGUGGUGGCGGUGCUGGAGAGGAGACAAACAUCUUGAUAAAACCAACAAUUCCUUCUUAUAAAUGGCGCUUAGUUAUCUCAUAUGAUGGCACUAAAUUCUCAGUAUCAGGAGACAGUGCCAACUGUUCAGUGUAACAUAGAAAAAGCUUUAAUGCGAUCAACAAAGCUAGAGCGCAAGGACCUUUGCUUGGUUGGUGCGAGUAGGACAGACGCUGGUGUUCAUGCAUGGGGUCAGGUGGCACAAUUUCUUACUCCUUUCAACUAUGAAAGCUUGGAUAGCAUUCAUGCGGCAGUCAAUGGUCUUCUUCCAUCUGAUAUUCGUGUGAGAGAGAUUAGUCCUGCUCUGCCUGAAUUUCAUGCUCGUUUUUUCCCAAAGAGCAAGAUUUAUCACUACAAGAUAUAUAAUGAUGCUGUCAUGGACCCACUCCAGCGGCACUUUGCAUACCAUUACACUUACAAACUUAAUGUUGUUGCUAUGAGGGAAGCUGCAAAUCACUUUGUUGGAACACAUGAUUUCUCUGCAUUUGCUAAUGCAUCAAAUAGAGAUGGUGUGGCAAAUCCUGUAAAGCAUAUUUUCCGUUUUGAUGUCAUUGAAAUGGGACCCCUUUUGCAGCUUGAGGUUGAAGGCUCGGGUUUCUUAUACAGACAAGUGCGAAACAUGGUAGCGUUAUUGCUUCAUGUAGGUAGGGAAGCAAUUCCCCCUGAAAUUGUUCUGAAGAUUAUGGCUACUCGAGAUCGAAGGGAACUUGCAAAAUACGCCUUGUCUACUCCACCUCAUGGACUUAGUCUAAUGUCUGUUUUGUAUAAUGAAGAGUUGCUAAAGCCUCCCCCAGAUUCUCCACCAACUAGUUUUGGCAGAUAUCAUACAAUAACCCACUGUAAGCUUCCUUUCUAUUGAAGAGACGUACAUGUAAUUUUGCUAGCCCAUGUAUCAUCGCCAACACUUGGAGGAAGUAAUAAUAGUAUAUGAAGUUCAAAUUUUAGAGAAAAAA